AUGCGUAGUUCAGACCCCUUCCGGCGCGUCAGGGGAUGCGUACAUACAAGCAUCGAAGUCAGGCUUCCUCGUCCUCCGGUGCUCGGGAGUGACGGUACUCUCGUCUCUCCGCCAUCCACACCUCCUCCCCUGGGGCUUUCCGAAGCCGAAGUGGCGGCUUGGCAUCGGAAGAGGCAGCAUGAAGAGAUGCAAGGCUUGCAACUCGAGCUCUGGAAACGAGGACUCGAAAGGUUUGGCCGCCUCGACGACGCACACGUCUUCGUCAGGGCGCUGCCACUCGCAGGGGCUCGCAGCCCUACCUCAUCGACGUCUGAGGAGUCGGACGUGCCAUUCUCCUCGUUGUCAUCUCCCACGUCGACGGUCCCGAAGCGCCUUUCUCUCCGAGCAAUUGUCCAUUCACGGUCGAAUCCGCCUUUUGGCUUGAAGCGCGAGUUUGAUUUGGAUGCCUUGAGGGAAACGAUACCCGAGCCUCUGCCUAAGUCUCUGCCACGCCUCUUUGAUCGGGAGAAAUGGCUGUCCAAAGUGCAGUUGGCCAGUGGCUUUCGGCGGGCAUCUUGGCCGGCAGCAACACCUCCUCCCCUUGUCAAAACAUCUGUAGCAGAUGAGAGGAAGACGGCAGAGUCGGUUGAGCCCAAUCCAUCCGUCUCGGCCCAGGGUAUCCAAUUGAUGGUGGGCGUGCCAAUAAGUGAGUACAUUCUCCUCCCUCGCUCUGAUACUGCUUCUUGUCAGUGA